AUGAAACCCGGUUACGAAUCUAGCCAUGCCACGUCUCAAUCAUCGAGUGUGAGCGUCAAUGCAUCAGUAUCUGAUAAGAGUGAUGGGCUUGGGAAAGCCAAGAGACCGUCGCGGGACCUACAACUAGAAACCCAGGCGGACACAGCGAUCCCUCAUGUCGACGACAUCGAACAAGAUAAGGCUGCAAACCAGCCGGUAUCAUGGAGCGCACUGCCCCGAAAAGACCAACUGCUUGUGUUGAUGCUUGCACGUCUCUCCGAACCAUUGACGCAAACCUCACUAGGCGCGUAUCUCUACUACCAACUUCAAUCGUUCGACCCAUCACUUCCAGAGUCAACCAUCUCAUACCAAGCGGGAGUCAUCGGCGCAGCGUUCCCAGCGACGCAAUUCAUGACAGCGAUGCUGUGGGGUCGGUUCUCGGACUCCGAGUACGGUGGCCGAAAAAGAACCAUCUACUUUGGGCUGCUUGGUACAAUGCUGAGCAUCAUUGGCUUCGGCUUUUCGCGCAAUUUCGCAAUGGCAGUGGCAUUCAGAUGCCUCGGAGGCGUAUUGAACGGCAAUGUUGGAGUGAUGAGAACUAUGAUCAGUGAGAUCAUCAAAGAGAAGAAGUACCAGAGUAGGGCCUUCCUGAUCUUGCCCAUGAUCUUCAACAUCGGUGUCUUGGUUGGGCCUGUUCUAGGUGGUGUGCUUGCAGAUCCAUUUGCCAGUUACCCAUCACUAUUCGGGCCCAACUCAGCAUUCGGUGGCAAAGAUGGUGUACAGUGGAUGAAGCGAUACCCUUACGCACUGCCCAAUCUUACGAGCGCCGUCUUCCUAUGCUUGUCAUCGUUUGCUGUUCUAUUUUUCCUCGAAGAGACGAGCGAAUUGUGCAAACACAAACCCGACCCAGGUCUUCGCGUUGGUCGAUGGCUACGUCGACGGAUCUUCCGCCAGAGAGUCACAUCUCAAGUUGGGUACAGCGCCGUCCCAGAAGAUGACUUUGAGCUACAGCCAACACCAACUUCGACAUAUGCAGAGGGUUCUGAUGUUUUCGACAAGCCGAGCAACAUCGUUCGACAACAACUACCGUUCCGUCGCAUAUGGACACGAAACCUGGUAACGACGCUGUGCGCCCAUGGUGUUCUGGCCAUGCACGUAGGUAGCUUUAACGGUCUUUGGACCCUCCAUCUCUCUACACCUCGCUUCGAUCCUGCUCACCCAUACCCUCCUGGCUUAGUGCCUCACGGUCUUUACUUUACGGGAGGCUUGGCAAUGCCUCCAGCGCGUAUCGGCAUCGCACUUGCCAUCAUUGGCGCCAUCGGUAUACCUCUACAGAUCUUAGUGUAUCCGCGAGUUGCGCAUCGUCUAGGAACAACGAGAUGUUAUCGAGUCUUCCUUGCCUUCUUCCCUUUAAUGUACACCAUCACUCCUUUGCUUAGCCUGGUACCCAGCUGGACAUCCCCUCCUGACGGUGUGAGUGGACCUUGGAUAUGGAUUGCUAUCACAUGCGCCUUGUUCAUACAAGUACUCGCUCGCACGUUCGCCUUACCGUGUACAGCCAUCCUGCUCAACAAUGUUAGCCCGCAUCCGUCCGUCCUAGGUACCGUUCAUGGUAUAGGCCAGUCAGUAUCUAGUCUCACACGGACGAUUGGACCGGUACUUUUCUCUUGGUUAUUUGGCAAAGGACUAGAUAUGGGCAUGGUCGGACUGGCCUGGUGGUGCAUGGGUGCUGUGGCAGUCGCUGGUUGGGUCCUCGCUCAGGGAGUUAAAGAAGGAGAUGGCCAUGAGAUACUGCUUGAUGGAGAGAAAGAAGGACGUGAAUAA